AGAUCCAGUACCCCUACGACCUGGGCGCCUGGCGCAACCUGCAGGCGGCGCUGGGCCGCAACCCGCUGCUCUGGUGCUGGCCCGCCACGACGCCCGGCGACGGCCUGCACUACCCGCUGCGCGAGGGUGCAGGUGAGUUUGGCGGCAGCGCGGCAGAUCGCGAGUGGGAGGAGCACGGCUGGCAGUGGGACGUGCGACACCUCGAGACGAUGCGCAGGUGGGCAGAGAGCAGCACCGCGCCGACCGCGCAGGAGAAUGAGGAGUGGGGCGAGGGCAGCGCUCGCCCACGCCGUCUCGGCAUCGGCGGCAGUGCCUGGGAUGCAUUGACGCGGGUGCAGGGUUCCAGGCGCAAGCACUCGGAGGAGCUGCAGCGUCUGGUAUGAGCCGGCAUGUGUAUGACUCUGGUCUGGAGGGCCGCCGCGCGCGGCGUGCCGCUCUCUAAGGGCACGCUCGGCGACUACCGUGAUGCAUUCGCCUGGCCGCCACGCGAUCCCACCAAGCAGAAGCGCAUGAAGGCACACGAGCCGGGCACUGCCUUCCAGCUCGCAGAGAAGAGCCCCUUCACCUAUGGCGAUAGCCUCAACCCUGCCCUUCGUCCGACGAAUGGCCUACGGCGGCGUGCCACGGGUGCUGGCAACGGCGAAGAGAAUGCCUCUCAGCGCAACACGUUCGCUGCAAACCCAGACGAGGAUCCGAUGGUGCACGACGCCGCUCCGCCCUGGCAUCCCGCCUCGCACUCGGCGUCGCACGACUCAGACGUGCCGAUCGACACAGAUGCCGAGGCUGCGGGCCUGACUGAGCCAGGAUGCAUUCCUCCGACGGCUCGCAGCCGGCCCAAGGAGACCUUCGCCACGCUCUGGGCCAACUCUUCCGGCUCGUCGAUCGGCUCUGAGGGCGGCUCUGAGGGCGGCUCGAGCCAAGGCGGCGCCGUCUCCCGAGUGCGCCGCGGCAGCGAGGGCUACGAGGUGCGGCCGAAGCGCUUCGACAUCGCCUUUGCCCGCGACGAGGACGAGUGGCCGACCGGUGCCGACGGCGGCGGCGUCGGCUACCUCGAGGACGAGGAGGGCGAGUACAGCGACUACAACGAGCACGGCGAGCAGGUCUUGACCGGCGGCUCGCGCGGCGACGACGCCGAGAGCGACGACGACUGGGGCUCGCGGCCCGGCAGCGAGGACGAGGGCGACUGGGCGGCGCGCGACAAGCGCGAGGAGGAGAUCCGGCGGCGGCUCUUCAAGGAAGGCAGUCCGGCCGAACGCACCGCCUACGACCCGCCGCCAGACUGGCGGCCUGCAGAGGGCGACAGCGCUAGCGCCGGCAGCCUCACGGCCUCAGCAGUCCAAGACGCGCGGCCCAUGCUUCCCUCCGAGAUCAUGCGCCGCCGCGUCGAGUGGCAUGCGCAUCUCAGCGCUCAACUCGCGACAGGCGCUCCCGGCGACGGGCCGCCGCGGUAGCCUCGGCCUCGGGCAGCGUUGGGUCUGCACCAGGCACGGCGGCGGUACAGACGGAAGUGCCCGGGCCAUCACUUCCUGGACGCGCUAGGGCUAGGUGACACGAAUACUUAUUGCUUAUUAG